AUUUCCCCAAUUAAUCCCAUAUUUCCUUAAAUUCCACAUCAAAAAAUGUCUGUUGACCAAAAGUCAAAUCUCAUCUUCAUUCCAUUCCCUGUAAUAAGCCACCUAGUGGCGGCGGUGAAGGCGGCGAUGCUCCUCUCCAAUCGAGACGAACGCCUAUCGGUCACAAUCCUCGUCAUGAAACUGCCUAUCGACACCAAGAUCGAUUCCUACACCAAGAACACCCAAGAACUCUCGUAUAUCAACUUCUUACAUCUACCCGAAAACGAGUCCGUUACUAACGAGUUGACGACGCAGCCUCCCAAACAAUUCGGGGCUGGCUUCAUCGAGAGCCAAAAGGUCCUUGUCCGAGAAGCUGUAUCCGAGAUAUUGAAGGGUUCGAUUAGGGUAGCCGGAUUUGUAGUCGACAUGUUUUGUACUACCAUGAUUGACGUGGCCGAUGGAUUUAAUGUCCCGAGUUACGUUUUCUUCCCAUGCGGUGCGGCGACUCUUGGGCUGAUGUUCCACCUUCAGUCUAUGAACGACGAUCACGGCCAGGAACCGGCAGUUUACAAAGACACGGAUGUUGUCGUGUCUGUUCCGACGUACGUCAACCCUGUUCCCGCUAGGGUGUGGCCCGAUUUAGUAUUCAAAAAGGACAAUGGUGACUAUUUCCUCAAUCUUAUGAGGAAGUUUAGACGUGCCAAAGGGAUUAUCGUAAACACAUUUCUUGAAUUCGAGCCCCACGCGGUUAGUUCACUCUCUCGAGAUGAGAAGAUCCCACCGGUUUACCCUAUCGGGCCAAUAGUACAAGAAGAAAACGAUGAAAACGACGAAAUAGUAAUCGGGUGGCUAAAUGAGCAGCCCGAUUCGUCUGUCGUUUUUCUCUGCUUCGGUAGCAGGGGAAGUUUCGAUUCAGAUCAGGUGAAGGAGAUCGCAGUGGCACUGGAAAACUGCGGCCGUCGGUUUCUGUGGUCGUUGAGAAAGCCGCCUCCGAAGGAGAAAUUCGAGUUUCCGGGGGAGUACAAAGAUCCCGGAGAAGUGUUGCCGGAAGGGUUCUUGGAGCGGACGGUGGGGAUUGGAAAGGUGGUCGGGUGGGUCCCACAGAUGGCCGUUCUGUCGCACCCUGCAGUGGGAGGGUUCGUGUCCCACUGCGGGUGGAACUCGACGCUGGAGAGCGUGUGGUGUGGGGUACCGAUGGCGGUGUGGCCUUUAGCUGCCGAGCAGCAGGUGAAUGCGUUCCAGUUGGUUAAGGAGUUUGGUAUGGCGGUUGAGAUUAAGAUGGACUAUAGGAAGGAUAGCAACAUGAUUGUCGAUGCGGAGAUCAUUGAAAAGGCGAUCGAACGGUUGAUGGACCCGGAGAAUGGGAUCCGAGGUAAGGUGAAGGUGUUGAAAGAGAAGAGUCGAUUGGUGCUCUUGGAAGGAGAGUCGUCAUGCAAUUUCUUGGAUCGUUUGAUUGUAGAUAUUAUGGCCAACGUAUCUAGUACCAAGUAA